AAAAUAGCAAGCACGCUUACCUCGAUUUAAAGUUUUAAAGCACAUCACAGGGGAAGUGUGUACUCAGUUUGUAUUUCAUCUGCUCAUAGGACUACGUAUCUCUGCUAAGCAAUAAUCUUCAACUCGGCAUAAUGGGAUCCAGCGAAAGUAAAUUGUCAGUCGCUUCAACGCCAAAACCCGAACCAGAAGCUCACAGAUGUAUCCAAACGCUCAGACACAGCGAGGUCAUGGAUCCUCGGUCUCCGUCCACACGUAUCGACCGCACACCUAUCCAGGUGACUGGGCCUUUUUCCAAAACAUCUGUGGAGGAAAACAAUGAGUGUCCACAGCAGUCGUUCGACCCCAGGUCACCUACUAUUGGCGUUGUCCGCACUCCUGCUAGAAAUGGUAUGAGAGAAACCGUCGACUCCUUUGCUUGUCGCCUGGGCAGGCUUUUCCACAGUGAGGUCUCAGACCAAGUCCCACAGGGGAAUUUCCUUCCUCCCUGCCUCAACAUGGAAGAGGAGGAGGUUAUGGAAGGAGAGGGUGUUGUGGGUAACGAACAGAGCUCCGGUGAACCUCUCCUCUCUCGCCAGCCCUCAAAAACCUUGACCGCCAUGGCCGAGCAUGCCACUCUCCUCACCACCCCAGUGCUGCCUGUCGACUGUGUGGGUUCCUCCAGUCCCUUUGUCAUCCUGGAGAAGGCAGAGGAGGAGGCCCACAUGAACACGGAGGACCUGAGUGUGGAGGAGGCGGAGGAGGCCAAGGAGUCUCCCCUUCACAAGAGGCUGAGCAUGAGUCUGAUCACGUGCCACGAGGGAGCCUCGCCGGCUCAGAUCUUCACAGAGGUCGAGGUCCACGUCGGCCCAACCUCGCCUCUAGCCAAGGCCGCCACCACAGAGGAGCACAUCCACUCCUCCGUGGUCCCUGCCGUUACCAUCGACGCUGAAGCCCCGCCCUGCCCCGCCCAGGUUUCCAGCCUUGACGUGGCAGCUGUGGACGACUCCCCUGUCGUACCGACGUCCCCAGAGCGUCCCGAAGAGGCGGCGCAGGCGCCUGCAGGAGAGCAACCGUCGACGGAUGCACCACAGUGUGCCACCGCUACCCUCUCACUACCAGUGGCGUCGUGCCCGGCCCCGAGCCGUGAUCAGCCGCGGCCCUGCACCGGGAUCCAGUGCCCCACCUUUGACCCCAGGAGCCCCAGUCAGGUGGUGUUCAAGCCCCAGUGGUUGGGGAAGGGCUUCGGCACCGCGGGCCUCAGAGCCAGGGGAGUGAGGGCGUCAAAGGGGGGCUCCUCGCCCCUGGCGGUCCGCGUGACAGUCAAUAACGUCAACAACGAGAACAAGGGAAAGUCCACCAAAACUAAGCAGAAAGCCAAUGGACUCUCUGAGGGCCGCUCUCCAUUGCAGAUGCUUAAGAACAACUCUCCCCGGGACAAGCAGUCUCAGAUGAGGCUGAAGGCGUCCACGCCGGAAAGACAGAGGGCUGGUCAGGUGGAGCGACGGGCCCUGACCGUAGCUCUGGAUCAGGAGAACCGAUGAUGACGAGGAACACCCAUCUAAAGCUUUUUGUGUUGUACAAACAAUCUUUUAAGUGUUCACUGUCAAAGUUUAUUGUUUUUUUUUUUUUUCAACCUCUGCUUUACCUAUCAGUCCAUGUUUUGCAUCCUUUUUGUAAAUAAAUAAAUGUAUCUGCUUUUAUUUUUGUGCCUUUUUUUUCAGUCAC